AUGGCACAUGAAGUCAGAAACCAGAGUACCAUAACUAAAUUCAUCCUGGUGGGGUUCUCAGAAUUCCCACAGCUCCAGGCUCCUAUCUUCCUGCUGUUCCUAACCACCUACACAGUUACUGUGGUGGGGAAUGUGGGUAUAAUUGUAGUGAGAAGGAUCAAUCCCCAGCUUCACACACCCAUGUACUUUUUCCUCAGCCACCUCUCAUUUCUGGAUGUUUGCUACUCCAGUAUGAUUUCACCCAAGCUGUUAGAGAUCUUGGUUGUGGAAGAUAGAAGUAUCUCCUUCAAUGGAUGCAUGACACAGUUUUUCUUAUGCUGUGCAUGUGUGAUUACAGAAAUGUUCAUGUUGGCAGCGAUGGCCUAUGACCGGUUUGUGGCCGUGUGUAACCCGCUUCUCUACACAGUUGCUAUGUCUCACAAGCUCUGUGCCCUCCUGAUUGGUGGAUCUUACAUGUGGGGUGUCCUCUGCUCAUUGAUACUCACAUAUUCUAUGGUAAGACUGUCCUACUGUGGAUCUAAUAUCAUGAAUCAUUUUUGCUGUGAGUUGUCUGCCAUCCUCUCUUUGUCCUGCUCUGACAUUUCUUUCAGUCAGAUGGCAUGUUUCAUCAUUUCUACAUUCAAUGAAUUGUGUAGCCUCCUGAUCAUCCUUGCUUCCUAUAUCUUCAUCAUUGCCACUGUCAGCAGGAUGCCUUCUAAGGGUGGCCUCCGCAAAGCCUUCUCCACCUGUGCCUCUCACCUGAUUGCCAUCAGCAUCUUCCAUGGGGUCAUCCUCCUUCUCUACUGUGUGCCCCAUGACAAAAGCUCCUGGCUACUUGUCAAAGUGGAGACUGCACUUUACUCUGUCAUGAUCCCCAUGCUGAAUCCCCUGAUCUACAGCCUCAGGAACAGAGAUGUGAAAGAGACAGUCAGGGGGCUCUUUUAUUCCAAACUUCAUUCUCUCCAAAUAAAAUUCAGAUAA